CAGGUCUUCAUUCGAAGUGUAGCUUUACGGCACAUUUAUCCAACAUGGCUUCACACUUCAGCGGUGUUUUAAUGUUAACGGAUCUAGACGAUUUCAUCACUCCGUCCCAGGAAUGUGUGAAGCCUAUUAAAGUAGAGAAAAAACAGGGUCGAUCAUUGGCCAAAAUUCAAAUAGAAGAUGACGGGAGUUAUUUUCAAGUUAAUCAGGAUGGUAGAACACAGAAGCUGGAGAAGGCUAAGAUCACCCUAAACGACUGCUUGGCCUGCAGUGGGUGCAUCACUUCUGCGGAGAGUGUCCUGAUCACGCAGCAGAGCCACGAGGAGCUGUUCAAAGUGCUUCGCCAGAACAAGCAGCAGAGUGUCAGUGAGCAGCAAGUGGUGGUGGUGUCCAUCUCACCUCAAUCCAGAGCCUCGCUGGCCGCUCGCUUUGGCCUGAGCAGCAGUGAUGCCGGACGGAGGCUCACGUCCUUCUUCAAAAGCCUUGGCGUUCACUAUGUGUUUGACACCAGCUUCAGCCGCAACUUCAGCCUGUUGGAGAGCCAGAGGGAGUUUAUCCAGCGUUUCCAGCGGAAGGAGGAAGACAAGAAGGCAUUGCCCAUGCUGGCCUCCGCCUGCCCCGGUUGGAUUUGCUAUGCUGAAAAGACUCAUGGUGAGUUCAUCCUACCAUACAUAAGUACAACACGUUCCCCACAGCAGAUGAUGGGUUCCCUGGUGAAGAACUACUUUGCUGAGCAACAGGGCUUGCCCCCCCAGAGGAUCUACCAUGUGACCGUGAUGCCCUGCUAUGACAAAAAGCUCGAGGCCUCCAGACCAGAUUUCUACCUGGAUGAAGCUGAGACCAGAGAGGUGGACUGUGUCAUCACUUCAGGUGAAGUUCUGAAGAUGCUUGAGGAGGAGGGUGUCUCUUUGAAUGAUGUUGAAGCUGCACCCUUAGACCCUUUGUUCAGCCAUGUGUGUGGAGAGGAGUUCUUGGCCCACGCUGGCAGCGGCUCAGGGGGGUAUCUGCACCACAUCUACACCCAUGCUGCCAAAGAGCUCUUUGGAGAGGAAGUGAAGGAACUCCACUACAAAACUCUCAAGAACAAGGACUUCCAAGAAAUCACCCUGGAGAAAGAUGGCGUGGUCCUACUGCGGUUUGCGGUCACCAACGGCUUCCGGAACAUUCAAAACCUGGUGCAAAAGUUGAAAAGGGGCAAAUCCCCCUAUGAUUUUGUGGAGGUCAUGGCCUGCCCAUCAGGCUGUCUGAAUGGGGGAGGCCAGCUGAAGCCCCAGCCAGAGCAGUCCAACAAGGAGGUGCUGCAGCAGGUGGAGGAGCUGUACCAGGCGGAGCGCAGCAGCGCACCGGAGGAGGAGGCGCGUGUGAGUCAGCUGUACCACACCUGGCUGCAGAGCGUGGGCGAGGAGCGGGCACGCCAGUUACUCCACACCCAGUACCACGCCGUGGAGAAGGCCUCCAACGGCCUCACCAUCAAAUGGUGAACCAACCAGUACCAACACCUGAGGUUAUUACCACAUGCCGCUGGGCUUCAAAGCGCACAAAAGAGCCGAGUCAAGUACUGCAAGGACUGAGGGAGGGAGAAGAAGUAUGUGGGUGAUGUGAUGUGUAGGGGAUCUCUCAUAAUACUCUGACCUGAUCAAAGCAAUUGCCUUUUUUUUUUUUUGUGACCUUGCCAGUAAUUUAUCUCUAGAGCAGGGUGUUCAUUCCUGCUAUACUGUAUGUAAGUCACUGAAGGUGCAGUAAUCUAAACUGAUUUAUAUUAUUUAUGGCAGUAUCUUCAGCUUGUUUGAAGAGGAUCUGUUAAGAUGUGAAGCAUUAUGCUAUCAAAUAUUUAUCUUGCACUAAGAAGCAGUAAAAUGCAUUGUGGCCUUUUGUUGAAAUAUGUGACAUUGUGUCCAGAUGAUUUUCAGGGGCUGAUUGCCGAAAAAUGUAAUAAUAUUUGUAUCUAUAGCUUAUUCUAUCUUCUGUAGUGCACACUGUGUAUUGUUUGUAUUGAUAUGCAUAGAGUAUUUUUUCUUUGUUCAUUACAUGGAUGAAUCAAUGCAAGCCAAAUCAAGCCAAGCUUGCAAAAAGGUUUAGUGCUUUAUUAAAAAAAAGUAAAUCAAAAGGAGUGGUGCAUGGGAUCCGUUAACGAAAAGCAUGUGAGAACAGUUGGGUCUGAAGUCUAGAUUUGAAACUGGCAAUAGUUGGAGCGCCUUUGAUGUAAUGGUUGGUUGGAAGUUGGUUCCUGAGCUGAGCAGCAUAGCAGCUAAAAGGUGCUUCACCAUGUUUAGUUCUGACAGUAGGUGUUACCAACAGAUGUAUCUGUAGUGAUCUGAGAGGUGUAGCAGGUGUGUUCUGCUGAAACAUACCCAAGAGGUCAUUUGGUCCUUCCAUUUAGUGAUUUAUAAACAAGCAGCAGUGCUUUAAAGUCAAUUCUGUAACUUUCUGGAAGCCAGUAUUGGAGAAAUUCUAGCAGCUGCAUUUUGUGUAAGCUGAAGCUGUUUGAUAGUCUUUCUAAGGAAGGAAAAGACCAUUGCAGAAGUCAACCCUACUGCAGAUAAAGGCAUGAAUAAUUUUUUGCUAUAUUUUUGAGAUGGUAAAAAGCUGAUUUAGGUAUUGCUUUCAUAUGGUUGUUAAAACUAAAAUUCCAAUCAAUUAAGACACAAAGUUUUUAACAGUGUCCUUCAUUUUAAGUCCUUUUGUGUCAAAUGCGUAGCAAUUCUAAGUCUCGCCUCAUUUUUCCAAUUCAAAUUAUUUCAGUUUUGUCCUUAAUCAGCUUGUGGAAAUUUUGAUACAUCUCCUUUUUAAUUUGGUCAGUGCAUUGAUAUAGAGAUUCAAGGGGACCAUAGUCAUGAGGUGCGAGGGCCAGGUACGUUUGGGUGUCAUCAGCAUAGCUAUGAUAGGAAAUGAAAUGAUCCAAGCGGUAGCAUAUACAGUUUGAAUAACGAAGGCCACAAACAUCAAGGAUGGUGCUGUUGAAGUAUAGUUUCUAAUGGCAGCCAAGAGGCUCCUGUCUUAUAAGUAUGAUCCGAGCCAUUUGGUAAAUAUACCUGCUGCAGUCUAGUAGUAAUAUAGUAUGUGUAGUAACCAUACUGUACCUGCUCCAGGCUAGUAGUAAUAUAUUAUGUGUAGUAACCAUACUGUACCUGCUCCAGGCUAGUAGUAAUAUAGUAUGUGUAGUAACCAUACCUGCUCCAGUCAAGUAGUAAUAUAGUAUGUGUAGUAAUCUAUGAUGAUCAACAGUGUCAAAGGCUGCACUGAUUCAGUGCUGUGGUUACGACAGAAACCUGACCCAAAGUUAUCACAAUAGCCAUUUGAUGUUAAGAAGGCAGUUAGUUAAGAACAACAUUUUUUGACUUUGCCAACAAAUGGUAGAUUGCAUAUGGGCUAGUAAUUGUUUAGUAUGGAAGCACCUAGAUAUUCUUUUGAAUAGGGGCUUUAUAACAGCUGUUUUCAGGGACUUGGGAAGUAUGCAAUGAUAUAUUUACAUCUAAAUCUGACAUGCAAUGAUAUAUUUACAUCUAAAUCUGACAUGCAGUGAUAUAUUUACCACUUCCAUCUACUGCUAAGUGGUGAAAAACAGAUUUGAAAAAGUUGGUAGGCAAAGUAUAUAAUCAGUAUGUGAAGAGUUAAGAGUCUGUACUUUUUUCCAGUUUCAUUGUCUAUCGAACUAAAUUCUGAUAUGAAGUUGAGUUCCCCUCUUUGUUGCUGGUAAUUCCAAAUGUUGAGUUAGUUAAUAAUUAAGAGGAUAUGUUCUGCCUGAUUUUGUCAAAUUUACCUUUGAUUUACCUUUGGCCCUUUUGACCUUUGAACUGUGAAGGGUUAGUUUACUUCUUGACUGCUUUACAGAAAGUGUAGAGGGUGUAACACAUUCAUGCUGAUAUGGAACAUACCUUAAAUUAGAAAAGUCAACACUUCCUCUGGAAAAUACCUAUAUUUUACUGAUCUCUUUAGGACAGGUAUAGCUUGAGUUAGUGAGCACACAGACUUGAACCGAGUGUUUUUAUGUAUAGCAAGACUUAGCACUUCUGUGAGUCUCUCUCUGGGAGUUUCUUAGUCUCUGUGAUAGUUGGGCUGGAGGUAGAGAGGUGGUUUGUCAUGGGUGGGGGAGAGAGAAGGGACUAAAGGUGGGGGUAGAGAAGUGGUUUGACAUGGGUGGGACAAGUCCCAGAGGCAUUCAAAUCUGUUCUGCAGCCUUAGGGACUGAAGGUUUUCCUUGGGACUACGAUACUAUCUAGCAUGUAUAUAAUCAUUCCUUCCAUAUUUAUUACAUGAAAUAUUAUGUUGUACAAAUGUUAUCAAUAUUUUAAUUAAUAAAAUGCCUUUAAUAUUA